GGCAGUAGCAGUGUGGCUCUGCAGACAGAGGGAAUAGUCGCCGCGACAGGGCUGUCCCUACCAUGGCCUUCAGUCAGCUCCAGGCAGAAGUCAGGGACCACCUGCGGAUCCACAACCUCCUGGCCCGACAGUGCCUGGCGGAGUUCCUGGGUGUGUUUGUGCUCCUGCUCAUCACCCAGGGCAGUGUGGCCCAGGCUGUGACCAGUGAAGAAAGCAAAGGCAACUUCUUCACCAUGUUCCUGGGGGGUGCUCUGGCCGUGACCGUCGCCAUCUACGUGGGCGGCAACGUCUCAGGGGCCCACCUGAAUCCGGCCUUCUCCCUGUCCAUGUGCCUCCUGGGACGCUUCCCCUGGGCCAAGCUCCCCAUUUAUAUCUUUGUGCAGCUGCUGUCUGCUUUCUGUGCCUCGGGAGUCACCUACUCCGUCUACUACGAUGCCCUGCAGAACUAUACAGGUGGGAACCUCACAGUGACUGGUCCCAGGGAGACGGCCUCCAUCUUUACCACUUAUCCUGCCUCUUAUCUGUCCCUGAGCAACGGCUUCUGGGACCAGGUUCUGGGCACCAGCGUUCUGAUUGUGGGGCUCUUGGCCAUCCUGGACAGACGGAACAAGGGCGUGCCUGCCGGUCUCGAGCCAGUGGUGGUGGGGCUUCUGAUCCUGGGCAUUGGCUUAUCCUUGGGUGCCAACUGUGGAUACCCACUCAACCCUGCGCGGGACCUGGGCCCACGGCUCUUCACCUACGUGGCUGGCUGGGGCCCUGAAGUAUUCAGUGCUGGCAACGGCUGGUGGUGGGUGCCCGUGGUGGCCCCUAUGGUGGGGGCCGUCCUCGGCACAGCUGUGUACCACCUGCUGGUGUCUCUGCACCACCCGGAGGACUCAGAGCCAGCCCAGGAGGCGAAGCCUGCCCUACAGACUCACUCGGUCCAGACGCUGGAGUGUAAGCUGUGACCGUGACAGCCCUCGCCUGCCUCGAGGCCACUGGGGACAGCCACCUGGCUUGCUCGGCAGCCGCACGGCCACUCUUCUUCUUUAUGCCAGAUUCUCUGUGUACCCAUCCAGGCAGCCCUUCCUCCUCAGCCGGGAAGGAUGCCAGACGAGGGUCAGGAACUCACCCCUCACCCC